AUGCCUAAGAUCUACAAGCCCGGUAAGGUUGCUGUUGUGCUCCAGGGUCGGCACGCUGGUAAGAAGGUCGUUGUGAUCAAGCAGCACGACGAGGGUAACAAGGAGCACGGCUUCCCGUACGUCAUUGCCGCCGGUAUUGAGCGCUACCCGCUCAAGGUGACCAGGGCUAUGGGUGCCAAGAAGCUCGCUCGCCGCAGCAAGAUCAAGCCCUUCAUCAAGGUCAUCAACUACAACCACCUCUUCCCCACCCGUUACGCUCUUGAGCUCGAGGGUCUGAAGGGUGUUGUCUCGAACGACACCUUCAAGGAGGUCUCGCAGCGUGAGGAGGCCAGGAAGGCUGUGAAGAAGCUCUUCGAGGAGCGCUACCAGAGCGGCAAGAACCGGUGGUUCUUCACUCCCCUGCGCGUAUGUAUUAUGAGUGCAGACACUGACCUGUCAAGUUCUAAAGGCGGAGGAAGGAGCGCGUACGUGGCGGCGAAGCCACGUGCGCGAGACAUCAUACAGGCCUACAUCCUUCCUACCAUGUCGGCCGUGCACCAGGUGACGUGCUCUGCACCUGUGAACAUUGCUGUCAUCAAGUACUGGGGAAAGCGCGAUACGCGUCUGAUUCUUCCUACCAAUGAUAGUCUGAGUGUCACGCUUGAUCAGGACCAUCUUCGCACUGUGACGACGGCGCGUGCUGACCCUUCUUUCAACAAGGACGCGAAUGGCGUGAUUCAUGACCGUUUGUGGCUCAAUGGCGUGGAAGAGGAGAUCAAGAAAGGCGGUCGCCUUGAUGCAUGCCUGCGUGAGCUUCGCCGUCUGCGUGCCGAGCGUGAGGCAUCUUCGCCGGAGCUCCCGCCGCUGUCGCAGUGGUCGCUGCAUCUCGCUUCGGAAAACAACUUCCCUACUGCUGCCGGUCUCGCGUCUUCGGCGUCUGGCUUUGCUGCUUUGGCUGUGACGGUAGCUGAGCUGUACGGUCUGAACCACAUGCUGUCGCACUCGCAGCUUUCGAUGAUUGCUCGUCGCGGCAGUGGUUCGGCGUGCCGUUCGCUGUUUGGUGGCUUUGUCGCCUGGGAGAUGGGCCACAAGGCGGAUGGUAGCGACUCUCAUGCUGUACCUGUUGCUGCGCGUGAGCACUGGCCGGAUUUGCAUGUGCUCAUCUGUGUCGUGAACGACGGCAAGAAGGGCACCUCGUCGACGUCUGGUAUGCAGCGCACCGUGGAGACGUCGCCGCUGCUGCAGCACCGUAUUCAGCAUGUGGUGCCGGAGCGUAUGCGCCUGAUGAAUGAGGCGAUUCAGACGCGCAACUUUACGCAGUUUACUGACCUGACCACCGCCGACUCGAACAACUUCCACGCAUGCUGCUUGGACACGGCGCCCCCGAUUUUCUACAUGAACGACACGUCGCGUGCUAUCGUCCAUGUGGUGGAGGAGCUGAACCGUUCGCGUCGUGAGGUGGGUCAGGAGCCCAUCGCUGCGUACACGUUCGAUGCGGGUCCUAACGCUGUUCUCUACGUGCGUGAGAAGGAUAUGGACACCGUGCUGCGUGUUGUGCGUCACUACUUCCCUGGCGCCAGCUUUGACGACCCCUUCAAGCUGCUGUGCAAGGAUGCGAGCGAUACCCUUCCUUCUCAACUGCCUCCGACGUUUAAGAAGGACAUUGUGCCUGUGCAGCCGAAGGAUGCUGUGCGUCGUCUGAUCCACACUCGUGUGGGUGACGGUCCUCGUGUGCUGGAGACGGGCCUUGGUAGCGAGUCGCUGCUGGGCGACGAUGGUAUGCCUAUUCGUACGAAGUAG